AAUACCAGAAUGAACUCCUUCCUAGAAUAUACAAUUUGUAACCGCGGGACAAAUGCCUACACACCCAAGCCAGGAUAUCAUCAUUCGGACCAUGGAAUUGGGACUUCUUUCCACCCCAGUGCGGGUACAACAAAUGACAGCUAUAAUUCUGAUGAACGAUUUUUCGUGGGAGCGAGCGCUCCAUCCACUUCGGCUCAACAUCAGCACCAGAACACUGCGUAUCCUCAUCACCAAACUCCUCCGCACCAUGCUAGCAUAGGCCUCCCGUAUGCUAGCUCAGGAACCACGCCUUAUGGGUCGCAGACAUGCUCGAAUCAGGAUUACGAGCAUCAUCAAUACUUUAUCAACCAAGAACAGGAUGGAAUGUACUUCCAUUCCUCGAGUUUUUCUGCCGCAAGUGUCGGUCCCAGCCUGGGCUCAUUUGCCAGUGGGUACUGCGGGGCAUCAGGGGCUGGUCCCAACAGCCUGUACCUGCAGCCCGGCUGUGGCACCCAGGAGCAGCAGCAGGGGUAUUUGCACAGCACCUAUGCCAGCAUGUCCCCUGCCCAGAGUGAGGACAAGGACUUGAAUUGCUGCCCCGAGCAAAUCUCAUCGGGGAAAACUUUUGACUGGAUGAAAGUUAAGAGGAAUCCCCCUAAAACAGCUAAAGUUGCGGAGUAUGGAAUCCCCGGCCAACAGAACACUAUCCGCACCAACUUCACCACCAAGCAACUGACCGAGCUAGAGAAGGAGUUCCACUUCAAUAAGUAUCUGACCAGAGCCAGGCGCGUGGAGGUCGCUGCUACUCUCGAGCUUAACGAAACGCAGGUGAAAAUCUGGUUUCAGAACCGCAGGAUGAAACAGAAAAAACGGGAAAAAGAAGGCCUGGCUCCGGCCUGCGAUCGGGGGUUGUCAAAAGACCAAGGAGACAACUCGGACCACUCUACUUCCUCAUCUCCUGGUGCGUCUCCCUGUUCGGAGACCUCAUGA